AUGUCGCGUCGCACAAUUUUCGCAUUUUACAUUUUAGUUGCUAUCACAUUUAUCAUUCUCGUUAACUCCGUAUCGGUGAAUGCUUUUGUCGAAAGUUCCGAUCUUUCUUACGAAAAUGAUGACGCCGAUAUCUCUAAUAUGCCCUAUCAAGAUUUAAAAACUACCGUCUCUGACAAAAUCGACGAAUCAUCAAAUGAAUUCUCUGAAAACACCGAAAAUGAAAUCUCUCAAACGAUGAAACAUCAUAGAGAAUUCUAUAGUUGUGUUACCUUGUGUUAUACUAGGCAAUCGACGGGGCAUCGUCCUUUUACAAAAUGUAUUGAAACCUGUAUUUUCAAUUUCAGAAGAACAGCCUUAAAUAAAUAA